CUUAUUUGCAACGGCCAUUAAAACCCAGCGAAGAAGCAGCAGCACCAGCAGUAGAGGCUUUUAUUUUAUCUCAAAGGCAAAGAGGGACUUUGCUUAUAGAUCGUGCGCACACGUGUUUCUGUGAGUCCAUGCGGAAACGUGCAUCGGAGCAUCAUGGAGGAGCACGAUCAGCGCCCGUGUAAAAAGGGCAGCAACAGAAUGGACACCAAGAAUGACGAGGAUUUUGACGAUGAAAACUGCGAUCAUACCGAGGAUGACAAUAAUGAAGAAGAGUUUACACUGGAUGAUGUAUUGCGUUUGGGCGGGACAAAGGCAGAUUAUGUCAUGCUGGCUGGCAUCGGCGACUCUACUGAGCUCAUCAAUGGAGGAAAGAAAAAUGCAAUUGAUGAUCUGGAGAAGGGAGAGCUGGAAGAUUUCAUAACAAAGCUGGGCAUCCGUGCUUAUGCAGAUCAACAAAUCAUUCAAGAUGGACAGGAUGAAACAUCCUCGGAGCCAACCAAAAAAGAGGGGAAGAAGGCAAAAACCUCAAAAAUGAAAGAGGAUUCAAAGCCUGAUGUGAAACAUACUGAUAAACCCUCAACAGAGAAUUUGAAAACCCCUGUAAAAUCCACAGAACUUGGCCAUACUACUGGAAAGAAGGCCAAACAAAAAAACACAAACUUGUUUGAGUUUUAUCCACGGCAGACUCUUCUUAUCAAACCUGGCGGUAAGUGGUUUGAUUUGGAGUAUGCCUCGGAGAGCACGUCUGUAGCUCAAAAUGAGUCACUGGUUAUUCAGUACAAAGCUUUGGCUCAGAAACUCUAUGAGAACGAAACUGCCCUCUACAAAAGCAAGAAGAACUUCCAGAAAGGUGCCAACUCAUCCUGGAUGAAGAGUGUAGUGUCCACAGGAACUCUGACUGAUAGGAUGGCAGCUAUGACUUUAUUAAUUCAGGAUGCUCCAAUUCACAGUCUCGAGCACAUUGAGAGCCUUGUGUCCCUGGUGAAAAAGAAAGGAAGUCGCAGACAAGGGCUUAUGGCUUUGGAUACCCUUAAGGAGCUGUUGCUUAGUGACCUUCUCCCAAAAAACCGCAAGCUUCAGACUUUCUCCCAACAUCCUUUUGAGCAGUUGGAGGAAAAAUCCAGUGGCAACAGAGAUGCCCGGGACCGCAGGCUCAUCCUCUGGUACUUUGAGCACCAGCUGAAACUUCAGGUAACAGAUUUUGUUGUCGCACUAGACCAACUGGCUCACGAUACGGUUCAGACCACAAAAAUGCGAUCACUUCUCACUGCCUACGAGCUGCUGUGCAACCAGCCAGAGCAGGAGAAAAUGCUUCUUGUGCAGAUUGUCAACAAAUUGGGGGAUCCUGAAUACAAAAUUGCCUCCAAAGCCUCGCACCUGCUGGAAAUGGUGCUUCACAAACACCCCAACAUGAAGACAGUGGUGUGCUGUGAGGUUGAGCGCCUCAUAUUCAGAUCUAACAUCAGUGCAAAGGCUCAGUACUAUGCAGCAUGCUUCCUAAACCAAAUAAUUCUGAGCCAUGAGGAAACAGACCUAGCUGCCAGACUCAUCACCAUCUACUUCACAUUUUUCAAUGCAUGCAUUAAGAAGAAGGAUAUCGAGUCUAAAAUGCUCAGCGCGCUGCUAACAGGAGUGAACAGAGCGUAUCCGUACGCAAAGAUUGGGGAUGAGAAUGUGUGCAAGCAGCUGGACACGCUUUUUAAAGUGGUGCACGUCGUCAAAUUUAACACUGCUGUUCAAGCCCUCAUGCUGCUGUUUCAGGUCAUGAGAUCCCAGCAGACCGUUUCAGAUCGCUAUUAUGUAGCACUCUACAGGAAAUUGCUGGACCCAGGAUUAUUGUCAUCCUCAAGAAAGAGUAUGUUUCUCAACCUCUUGUAUAAGUCUCUGAAAGCUGAUAUAGUGCUCAGACGGGUGAAGGCAUUUGUGAAAAGGUUACUUCAGGUCAGCUUUGAGCAGACCCCUGCCUUUAUAUGUGGUGCACUAUUCCUUGUGUCAGAGGUGAUGAAGGACAAGCCAGGACUCAAGUUACUGCUAAAGGAAGAGGGGGAUGAUGAGGAAGAGGUGUAUCAGGAUCUCGAAGAGGAUAUCGAUGAUGACAACAUUGCUGAGAAGGGACCUGAAGAUCAUGACAUGGACAAAGAAAAAAACAACGAGGAAAAAUGCCAGAUGAAGCCCACUGCAUCAUGGGUACAUCACCAAAAUUUGGAAGGUGGUGCAAAUAAGGCAAUAUAUGACCCCAUGAACAGAAACCCUUUAUACUGCGGAGCCGAUCACACGACCCUCUGGGAACUGCAGAAGCUCUGCCUUCAUUUCCAUCCCUCCGUGGCUCUUUUUGCUAAGACUCUAUUGCAGGGAGAGUUCAUUCUGUACACGGGGGAUCCACUUCAGGACUUCACACUUAUCCGAUUCUUAGAUCGCUUUGUAUUUAGGAAUCCAAAGCAAAUGAAGGGAAAACAAAACACAGAUGCUACGGUGAUGCAGCCCAAAUUCAGGAGGACGCUCAGCAAUAUUAAGUCAUUACCUGUUAACUGUGAUGAAUAUCUGGCCAAAGAGGAGAGUCAGAUACCUGUGGAUGAGGUGUUCUUCUACAGGUACUUUAAGAAGCGAGAUGCAGAGAAACAGUGGAAAAGGCCAAACAGAAAUGAAGACAAUGAGAGUGUGGAGGACGUUGACGAUGAUGAAUUUGAUAGGGUUCUUGAUGCUUAUGAAGGCGACAGCUUUUUCACUGAGUUCAAGGAUGAUGACUUGGACUUUGCAAGCAAUGUGAUGCCUAAGUCCAAGAAAAGUAAAGAUCAAGAAGAUUCUGAUUCUGAUUCUGACUCUGAUGACCUUGAUGAUGAGGAGGUCUCUCUGGGCAGUAUGGAUGAUUUUGAAGAUGAGUGUGAGGACGAAGGUGGAGAGUUCAUGCAAACAGAAGAAGAUGUUGAUGAUGAAGCAGGCCCUCAACCUGAAAAGAAAAGGAAAAGAAAAAUGGAGGACCAAGCAGUGUUUGCAUCAGCUGAAGAGUUUGGGUGUUUGCUGGAAGAAAACGCAGGCUUGAAGUUUGACAACAGUGGUAUGAAUGCAAUGGCCAAUGUGGACAAAGCCAAUGUUAAGCAGCUGAAGUGGGAAGCUCAACGGAACGACUGGAUCUGUGGGAGAGAUGUCAAAACUCUCAGGCGGAAAAAGGCCAUGUUCAACAAGAAAAAGUUUGGAAUGACCAAAAAGCAUCAGAGUGUCAACAGGAAGAAGUUAAGACCAGAAAGUAGAAUAAAAACUUAGUCUUCAGUUUCUUUCCCAGCUCGGAGGACCAGACUUCCUGAGCUGCUUAACGGAUGCCAUAGAUCCUGGCCCACUUACUGUACCUGUAAUACACGGAAGAUGGAGGAAUGCCAUGCCAUGUUUCUAUAAUAUUGUAGCUGUAGAGUUGUAAAGUGGUUCAGUCAAUAUUGUCUCUUUCAGGUGUGUUGUAUUAAAUCCAGGGUUCGUACAUACUUUGGAAAAUGCUUGAUUCUGUUUUGCUUUAAAGUUUUGAAAUUUUAUUAUCUUCCUUGAACAUGCUUAAUGUUUUUUAAAACAUCCAGUGUGAUUGUUUUUUUUUUGUUUUUUAAAUAUAUAAAUAUAUAUAAAUAUAAUGGGUCAAUGACA